GCACACCAACCGGCAAGCCGGCAAGGAUAAAGGCCCACGACCACAAGCUUAGCAAGCCCUCUCUCGGUCGCGUGGCUUGAGCGGUGGUGACACCGCUCGCCUCCGUCCGCCUCGCCUCCACCGAGAGGUUCUCUCUGCCGCCGAUUCAGAUUUACAGGGAGAUUAUCUUGUGAUCUGUAAACAUGUUUGGGCGUGUACCGAGGAGUAACAACACCAAGUACUAUGAGGUUCUUGGAGUUCCUAAAACUGCAAGCAAGGAUGAGCUAAAGAAGGCAUACCGGAAGGCUGCCAUAAAAAACCAUCCUGACAAGGGAGGGGAUCCAGAAAAGUUUAAAGAAUUAUCACAAGCGUAUGAGGUUCUCACUGAUCCUGAGAAGAGAGACAUAUAUGACCAAUAUGGGGAGGAUGCUCUUAAGGAUGGAAUGGGAGGAGGCAGUGACUUCCAUAAUCCAUUUGACAUAUUUGAGCAGUUUUUCGGGGGUGGUGCCUUUGGGGGGAGUAGCUCAAGAGUACGCAGACAGAGACGUGGUGAAGAUGUGGCGCAUACUUUGAAGGUGUCUUUAGAAGAUGUGUAUAAUGGAUCUAUGAAGAAACUAUCAUUAUCACGAAAUAUUCUGUGCCCAAAGUGCAAAGGAAAAGGGACCAAAUCUGAGGCUCCAGCAACAUGCUAUGGUUGUCAUGGUGUAGGAAUGAGGAAUAUAAUGCGACAGAUAGGACUAGGCAUGAUUCAACAUAUGCAGACUGUCUGUCCUGAAUGCAGAGGAUCAGGUGAGAUCAUAAGUGACAGGGAUAAAUGCACAAACUGCAGAGCUAGCAAAGUUAUUCAGGAGAAAAAGGUGCUUGAGGUUCAUAUUGAGAAGGGAAUGCAACAUGGCCAAAAAAUUGUAUUCCAAGGUGAAGCUGAUGAAGCUCCUGAUACAGUGACAGGAGAUAUAGUAUUUAUCUUGCAAGUUAAGGUACAUCCAAGAUUUAAGAGGAAAUAUGAUGACCUGUUCAUUGAGCGCACAAUCUCUUUAACUGAGGCAUUGUGUGGGUUCCAAUUCAUCCUCACUCAUCUGGACAGUAGGCAGCUCCUAAUCAAGGCAAAUCCUGGCGAAAUUAUUAAACCUGGUCAACACAAGGCCAUAAAUGAUGAGGGAAUGCCACACCAUGGCCGGCCUUUCAUGAAGGGCCGUCUCUUUGUGGAAUUCAAUGUUGAGUUCCCUGAAUCUGGUGUACUCUCCCGUGACCAAUGCCGGGCACUUGAGAUGAUCCUACCACCUAAACCUGGGCACCAAUUAUCAGAUAUGGACCUGGAUCAAUGUGAGGAAACUACCAUGCAUGAUGUGAACAUAGAAGAGGAGAUGAGGCGCAAGCAGUAUCAAAGGAAGCAGGAAGCGUACGACGAAGAUGAGGAGGAGGAUGCUCCAAGAGUACAGUGUGCUCAACAGUAAGAAGUGUCACUUUCUGGCGCAAGUGAUGAUACUCCAUGUAAACUAAGUAGUUUUUGGUGAGACUGUUCAUUUUAGUGUAUUUUGUACUAGUUAAAUUAAAUAGUGAAUGUCUAAGUUGUGUCGUUUGAUAUAUAAGCUUGUGCUAACAACAUAAGGCUUUCUUGGCCUUCAUAAGAUAUACUCCUACCUAGGAGAAAGUGGUGGAUGAGCAUUCGUUUCUGUUUUUAUUGGUAAUGAACAUAUUUACAUGUUGUAUUGACUGAAAAUGGUAUGCUGAA